GCCCGCCACCGCCGCCGCCCUCCCCGACUCGUCCCUCAGGCUGCCCCGGGCCGCGCUGGGCGGCGGCGGAGCGACCCCGGGAGCUGCGCCCUGCCCCCGGCACCGCAGCGCCGCGGCGCUCGUCCCCGGCGGACUCCGUUUGGGCACGGACCCGGGAAGAUGGCGGAGGUGGCGGAGGUAGCGGAGGCCGAGCCCGCCGAGCCCGCCGCCUUCAAGCGGCCGAGCCGCCCGCUGCCCGCCGCUGCCGGGCCCGGCGAUGCGGGGCCCAGCCCGCCGGCCGCCCCCCGCACGGCCGCCGCCGCGCCGCGCUACGAGGAGCCGCCCUGGGGCAGCCGCCCGCCCGCCGGCGCCGGCUACGGGCUGGAGGUGCUGAAGGGCGGCGUGCUGCUGGGCUCGGUGCGGCUGGAGGACAGCAGCUGGUUCCUGGUGGGGCGGCUGCCCGGCUGCGCGCUGGCCCUGGAGCACCCGUCGGUGUCGCGGCACCACGCCGUGCUGCAGUACCGCGGCGCCGGCUGCGCCCCCGAGGGCGCCGAUGCCGCCGGGUUCUACGUGUACGACCUGGGCAGCACGCACGGCACCUUCCUCAACAAGGCGCGGGUGCCGCCCCGCACCUACUGCCGGGUGCGGGUGGGCCACGGGCUGCGCUUCGGCGGCAGCUCCCGCCUCUUCCUCCUGCAGGGACCCAAAGAGGACCAGGAGUCUGAGUCAGAGCUAACUGUGACUGAGCUGAAGGCACUACGCAAGCAGCAGCAAGCAAAGUUAGAAAGGACAAUGCUGGGAGAGGACUCUGAUGAGGAAGAUGAGAAAGAGGAGAGAAGUGAAAGGAGCCAGAAUAGUGAUAUGAGCUGCUCGUGGGGCAUGGGUGAGGAUGCUGAGGAGGAUGAGGUUGAAGAAAACCCUAUUGCUGUUGAUUUUCAGGAUGUUCAAGAUGCUUUUUAUAUGAAAGAUCCUAGGAAGGCCUUACAGGGCUUUUUUGAUAGAGAAGGAGAAGAGUUAGAAUAUGAGUAUGAUGAUCGUGGACACAACAGCUGGCUAUGCAGGAUCAAGUUGCCUGUGGAUGAUGCAUCAGGGAAGCAGCUGGUGGCAGAGGUUCUCCAUUCAGGAAAGAAGAAGGAAGCAAUGAUUCAGUGUGCACUGGAAGCUUGCAGGCUGCUUGAUGCUCGAGGAGUACUGAGGCAAGAAGCAGUAUCCCGAAAAAGGAAAUCAAAGAACUGGGAAGAUGAGGAUUUUUAUGACAGUGAUGAUGACACCUUCCUCGAUCGAACUGGUGCUGUGGAAAAGAAAAGACUGAACAGAAUGAAGAAGGCUGGUAAAAUAGAAGAAAAACCAGAGACUUAUGACUCCCUGGUCACAAAGCUAAAAGAAGCAGAAAAUGAGCUUUCUGAGAUAACAGAGAAGCUGAAGGUUUCAGGGAAAGUCCAGUCCCAUCCAGCAGCUCAAGAUUCUUUGGAUGAGUUCAUGACAGAAAUAAAAUCAGGAUGCACAUUAGACAGCGUGGCACGAAAGAAGCUUCACUUGCGGUCGUUUGAACUGAAGAAAGAGCAGCAGAGACUGAAAGGGUUAAUAAAGCUUGUCAAGCCUGCAGAACUGCCUGAGCUGAAGCCCCAGAGUGGGAGUUCCAGUCUCAACUCAGAGAACAAGCCUAAAAAGAUGAACCUGCCUCUCUUUGGUGCAAUGAAAGGGGGGAGCAAAUUCAAACUGAAAACUGGAAGCCUAGGGAAGUUGCCUGCUAAGCGUCCAGACAUUCCUGAAAACUUGUUCAAAACAAAAGAUGAUGGACCGGAGGAGGAGGAGGAAGAGGAGGAAGAAGAAAUGGAAGAGCAGCAAGAAGCAGAUGCAGUAAACAGCAGUGUGUCAGACUUGGAAAUGCAAAUGAUAAUAGAGAAAGAAACAGGGAAAGAAACUCAUGUUCCUGAUGGCUCUCCUUGCAAUAACAAAAAUCUAGAAUCCCUUCAAGAUGGGGUUGAUUUUCUGCCUGAGCCAAAGGUGCUGAGGAAUGACUCUGAGAUGGGACCCUCACAAGAGAAAUCCCAAGCAUCCAAGGCAGUAAAUAAGGAACCUGAAGAGACAUCUGAGAAAGUUAAGAAAAUCAGUAGCUCAAGCAAGGUCCAACAACCUUUUUUUUCCUCACAGUACCCAGAUGAUGACCCAGACUACUGCAUAUGGAUUCCUCCUGCAGGUCAAAGUGGUGAUGGCAAGACUCAUCUCAAUGAAAAAUAUGGCUACUAAGCUUCCAGUGCCCCAGAGUACAUCUGAGGCUUGAAGGACUGCUCUGUUUUGGACUCUUUCACUACACAUUAGGUGACAGAUAAGAGACUUGGAUUUUCAGAUGCUGUUUAAAUUCAAGAGCAUCAGCAGCUGCUCUGGCUCUUAGCUCUCCUUGUGUGUCCCCUGUUUUGUCUUCCAGAUACUUUUUUAAAAGUAAAAGCCCAUUCUUUUGCCUCUUCUUUCACUUUUAGCCUUGUUUGUUUGGCUGGUUGGUUUUUUAUUUGGCUUGAAACCAUAAACUCAUUUUUCCUUUUGUAAAUAAAAGUAGACCAAAAUAUUGAAAGAAUAUACCUCUGUAUUACUUACAGGCUUGAUAAAAUUUAUUCAUAUUUGGUUUAUGCAAUUAAAAUAACAAACACCA